AUGACUACCAUCUUGAAUCCCAUGAUGGCAAAUCAUGAGACAAAGUUUGAGCGUUUGGCUAGACAAGUUGAGCGGAUUGCUCGAAUUGUCGAUUAUGAUGUGGGAGAUAGGCAACGCAUGGAAGAAAAUCAUGAGGGCAUUGAAAAUGUGUUUAAAAAUGAGAAUGAUAAUGUACUCAUGGGUAGGGAAAAUCUUCAAAUAAUUCAGUGGGGCCAAAAUGCUGAUUAUGUGUUGGCUCGAUUAUGUGCCAAUCAAAUUGGUGAGCGCUAUCAAGUCACAAGGAUAGUUGAGGAUGUGCUUAAUGGGGUUGGAUUCAAUGUGGAUUUUAUGAAUCGACCCUAUUUUGUUUCUGCUUUUUCUGUUGUUGUUCAAAUGGCAGAAGUGCCUAGAGGAGUAAAGAAUCCUAAGAUAAUUACAAAAUUCGCUGGAGAAGUUGGCAAAUCAACUACUGAACAUAUUGCCCGAUAUUUAUUUGAAAUCAGAAAUCUGGCUAAUGACGAGAAUUUAAAAAUGAAGUUCUUUUCUUCUUCGUUAACGAAGAAUGCAUUUACUUAG